UUUAACACACUGAAAAUUCUUGAUUUUGAAAGCCUCAAACACUAUCAUACGUCUAUAAUUAUGUAGUUGAUUAUCCGUGUUAGUUUUCGGUGUUUUUGGAUUUUUGGUGAUGUGUAUAGAGCGCAGUAUAUAAAAUGCAUAGAGAUAUAUAUUAUUGUACGACUAUUAUCUAACACAUAGCUGAUAUGUAUGUGUAGUACGCGAAAGGCAAUUUUAAGUAACGACCCCAAGGAGAAAAUUCACUUGUGUUGCAAUAUUAAAACAAACGAAAUAGUUUAUAUGUAAGUUGCGUAGUGCAUAAAGUGAGAACAGUAGUAACUUUCUACACCCACACUCACUGACAGACAGACACUCACCCAUUAACCUUAAUAAUAUGCUGGGACAGCGCUGAAUAUGUUUCCUAAACGCAGCGAAAACGUGGAGAAAUUAACAGGAGAAGCUGAGAAAACGCUUGGAACGCCCCAAUUAACGUAAACAUUAAAGCAACAAACAGUAACAAUACUAAAUAGAAACAAUAAUGUACUAUAAAUCAGAUACAAUACAACACUAUAUAUACCUAAAAUAUGCCUAUACGACAGAAAUUGGACAACAAAUGAAAUGCAUAUAAAUAUAUAUAUAUAUUAUAUAUAGUAUAUAUUGUACAAGUUACGAGUAAAAUGUAAUUAAAAUUGAUGAAGUAGUAAGCACUAAACAAAACAAAUAAAAGAGCAGCAAAAACGCGCAGCAUAAGCAUAAAAUCGGAUUUUCGAAAAACAUUUUUUUCAGCUAUGGACAACUAUGGAAAAUAGUUCCCGUAUUUUAAUUUAAUAGGUUCUUUGUUAAGAUUUUUUAUACUUUUUGAGAGGGUAUUUGAAUUUAAAGCGUUCUCACCCUGAGUUCAAAAUGUUUUGAAGUUAAUCUUCUCAAACCUUUUAUUUUAUAAUUAUAAAAUUAUGCGUAGAUACACUGUCAUGCCAAUUCUAUAGUUUAAAGUUUCAAAAAUGUUUUCUUGGAGGUAAAAGUUUGAUCGUUUUUGUAAGUACUUCGUUUUUACAUUAUGUAAUAAGGGUUAUGGUGUAUUAAAUGAUAUAUUUUAGUCUUACCCAAUUUCCAGCCUGGUUUUCAUGGAAUUUUCAAUAUCACGGAUAAAACUAGCCGAUCGGCUCUUACUGCUUCAAAAACUAUCGUUUCGGUUGCCCAUCUCCAGAAGGACAUACGCCAUUUAGGUAGCGCACCGCGAAUUGCGCCCGUUUUGCUUGGAAAACCACCCCUAAAUGACCUUCGCGCUAGGUAGCCAUCAUCUGGCCAUGGCAACGGCGUAAAUUCGUUAGUAUUCCAAACACCACGAUCAAGAACACACCGCAAAUGACGUCCGCAACAGAUACAGAAACCGCUGCAACAUCCCUGCUGGAACUGAAUGACGAUGUUCUGGCAUUGAUUGUCCGCCAGUUGAAUGUGUACCAGCAGUACGAGAUCGGCAGGUUGAACAGGCGCUUGGAAAGCAUAGUGCAGAUGCUCUGGAGGACCCGUGUUCGCAGUGUUGUCCUGCAGGACGAGAUGUUCCGACGAUCGGGAACCAAUUCCCGCCAGUUUGUGGCUUUCAUCUUGGCCUUGGCUCCUCAUAUGGAGCGCCUGAGUUUCCACCACUUGGAUGUCCGGAGAUUGCGGCUCCUUAGCAGUCACACCCUCGAGGGGAUCCACUCCGUGGAGUGGCUGGGGGAUGGAAAUCGAAGAGGACGCGUUCGAUUCGUAGACGAGGAUGUGCGAUUGCUGCGACGGGUGUUUCCCCAUUUAAGGAGACUCAAACUCAGGAGUUGUCAGAUCACUGGGAAGUACCUCUGCGACCUGGAACACCUUAACGAACUCUGCCUGGAUGACUGCCAGUACCUGGAAUCCCAGCACUUCAGGGAUAUCUUCCGGCAGCUAAGACUUCGCAAAUUUGAUAUCAUGGAGGAUUGCGAUGAGGUGAACUGCUGUGAUCUCGCGGAUCUGCAGCUGUGUCCCACAUUAGAGCACAUUAAGAUUGCUGAUUACCACCUGUGCAUGGAGUCGGAUAUUACCCAACAACUUCUACGAUUGCCGUGUCUGCAAAAGCUGUCCAUUUAUUCCAAGAACUUCGUAUUUGAUGUGCUGUCUCGAAUAGCUCGACCCAGUAGUCCUCCCGGCGCAGUCAGACUUAUAGAGGCAUUUCGCUUCAGCGGGAUACUGCAUGAUUAUGGAAGAUUCUUUAGGGAGCUUGGAAACCUUAGACAGCUGACGCGAUUGGAGCUACAUGGCCAGGCCGAGGAGGAGGAGGGCGGCAGGCUACAAUGCCUGCAGGACCAGAUUCUGCGACAACUGGCCAGUCAACUGCGGAAUUUAACAGACCUACAUUUGUGUGGCUAUCAACUGGAGAGUCCUUUGGGCCUGCUGGAAUUCGUGAUCAAUUGUCGGCAGCUGAGGGUGCUGAACAUAACACGAUCUAAGUGCCACGGAGAGUCCUUCAUCUGGAGCUGCAUUGCUGUUUUGGCCAAACAAAGGUGGCGUACUCAACCCCUGGAGCUGUGGAUCCGGCAUAGCGACAUAAAUCCAGAGAUAGUUCACAGUCCGCGCAGCCUGGACAACAUAAAGCUUAUAAAGAUUGAUACGAAGCAGAUAGGACCCAAUAUGGACUAUUCUUCGGGCGUGCUUAAGUUCAGCUUUGUGCGGUGAUCAAUCCUUAAAUAAGUGGUACCUAUCGACCUAUAAAUGAUGAAAGACUGAAGAAUCUGCUGCUUACCGCGCGUCGCUGAACUGAUCAAAGCCCAACCGCUUAAAGUCAAUUACAAAGUUUUAAACUGAAAUUUAAUUAAGUAUAUUUCCAUUUAUCA